AUGGCAGACUCAUUCGCCCCUCAACCUCGCCAUCACGACGACCUCCCCCCCUUCCUCUCAGAUCCCGGCCGCAACUCUCCGCUGCCGCGCCAGCCCGAAAACCCUCUCAAGCCCUUCUUCCCCGGCCAGCCCAAGUCGCUCUCCGGAAUCGCCCUCCGCGCCUUUUGCCUGGGCAUCGCCUUCGCCAUCAGCAUCGUCGGCAUCGUGAGCGUCCUGCUCCUCACAGACAGUCCCAUCUGGCGCGUCCCGUUCUUCCUCCUCGCCCUCUCUACCUUUCACUUUUUGGAGUUUUGGACCACGGCUGAGCGGAACACCAUCGUCGCCGGCAUCGACAGCUUCCUGCUCACGGCGAACUGGCCGUCCUACGCCAUCGCCCACUCUACUGCCUUCAUAGAGUGUACCAUCGUCUCCGUCUUUUUUCCUGGUCGACACUGGGCCCCCUUUGGCUCUGGCCAAGUGCUUCUCUUCAUAGGCCUCUUUAUGGUUCUCGUCGGCCAGGCUGUUCGUUCCAUGGCGAUGCUGCACGCUGGAGCUAGUUUCAACCACCAAAUUCAAACAAGGAGAGCACAAUCACAUGUUCUCGUGACAUCCGGCAUCUAUGGGUGGAUAAGACAUCCCAGCUACUUUGGUUUCUUUUACUGGGGCUUGGGCACGCAGCUCGUGCUGGGCAAUGUGCUUUGCUUUGCUGCUUACUCGGCUGUGUUGUACAAGUUUUUCCAGGAUAGGAUCCGUCAUGAAGAAGGAAAGUUGAUCGAAUUCUUUGGCGAUGACUAUGUAAACUAUAAGAAGAGGGUUGGUACAUUGAUACCUUUUAUACGAUAGAGCUAUGGGCGCAAAAUGGGCACGACUGUGGGGGAGGAACCAUGAUUUAUUCUAGCUAGCAUUGUAGCAUUGCUCAGGGUUAAUAAAGGUUGUGAAUCC